GAAAAGGUUGGAGUGGUAAUCCAGUGUGCAGAAAGCGAUAUCAUUUCAUAAUAAGGUCUGAAAAUGGCGGAGGUAUGGAUGGGUACUACAAGUCUUGCUCGAGUUGUGGUAAUCCCCUGCAAUUUUCGGAUUCAAGGUGCAAGUGGUGUAACCAGUUGAUUGCUACGGAUGAUUUUGAAGACUGGGUGUACUCUCAGUUUGAGGACAAUACUCAUAUGCUGCAUGGUGUGGUUCACUCGAAUGGCUAUGGGCAUCUUCUUACCGUUAAUGGAAGAGAAGGUGGAUCAAAUGUUCUCUCUGGGAGUGACAUCAUGAACUUCUGGGAUAGGUUGUGUGCGGCUCUCUCUGUCAGAAAAGUCUCUGUGAUGGAUGUCUCCAAGAAAUAUGGGAUGGAAUACAGGUUACUUCAUGCAAUCACCAAAGGUAGUUCAUGGUAUGGAAAUUGGGGAUAUGAAUUUGGAUUUGGGAGCUAUGGUCUUACUGUGGAUGCCUACAAGAGAGCAGAGCAUGCCCUGUCAAGCAUGCCCUUGUCCCCACUUCUGUACCAGGGGCGGAAGCCCCAAACACGCCUGCAGAAGAUCAUUACCUUCUAUCAGACUUUAUCAGGUUCAGAACUUUUGACGCUGAAGGAUCUAUUUUCAUUUCUCCUAAGGCUGAUUCAUGAAAGCCACAAAAAGUUGAUCACUAAAACAUCUAAAAAGUCCAACCCUUCUCCUUCAAAUGUAUUGUGUGCAUGGACAAGAAAUGAUGUAGAACGUGUGCAACAAGCCAUGAUCAAAGUAUUAAUGGCAGCUGAUCAAUCCAGCUGGGUAACUAGGCGCACACUUAAGGGUGUUAUGUGCAAGACUGCCUCUCUAGAGCUCCUAGAUUAUUGCCUCAAGCACUUGGGGGGAAAAUUAGCAGCUAAUGGCAUGGUGGUUGAAGCUCAAUGCAAUCCAACCUCUAGUGAUUUUGAGUUCAGGCUUCAGCCUCUUAAUUUCACGAGCUGUCAAUCUAGCCUGCACUGCAAUUUCCCUUCAGAAGAGCACCUUAAAGGAGAUCUGAAGUAUUUGUUUGAUGUCUUGCUCAACCCUAAAAGCAUGAUGGAUUAUAGACCUCAAGCAACAAGGGAUUGUGUAAUUGACUCAGCAACUAAACUUCUUGACUGCAAACAUUUUGUAAAAGACUACAAACCACAUGCUGAUGAUACCUCAACUAUUUACCUAUGGUGUCAUUUGGAGCUAGCAGACCAAUCUAAAGAUGAUCCAAUCCUUCCUCCAGAGCUAAUUGUUCUACCCCUGAAUGCUACUGUGGCUGCUACUGUGGCUGACCUUAAAAAUGAAGCUACAAAAGCUUUUGAAGAAGUGUAUGCCAUGUUUAAGAGGCUUCAAGUUGAGGACCUACUAGGCUAUGGCCCCAUAGAGGAUAACAUUACUUUGAAGUUGUUGGUUGGCACAAGUGGCCUAGUUAAAGUUCGAGGUAGAUGUGCAGGAAAAUAUGGGCUCAACCGAUUUCGAAGGGAGAGGGGUACAGAAAAUUGGACAGUUGACUGCACUUGUGGGACAAAGGAUGAUGAUGGUGAAAGAAUGUUAGCAUGCGAUGAUUGCAGUGUUUGGCAGCACACAAGGUGUGCUGGAAUUGAUAAUUCUGAUGCUAUUCCUGCAAAGUUCAUAUGCAAGAAAUGCAGCAACUCAUUCAACAGCUAAUCUCUAAGCAUUCCAAAUUUUUAGGAAGGAAGCUAAAAGGUUUUCCCAAAGUAUUGGUGAAAGAUGAUAAUGGAGCUAAUGCUAGGAUGAGUGUAACAUUUGGUGUACCCUAAGUGUAUAUAUCAUUUGUAAAUAUGCGAUUAAACUAAGGUGGAUAUCCUCAUUCUCUCUCUUUUUUUUCUCUUCUUUGUUUUAUUUGAAAGCAGGGUUGGAUAUUCAUAGAUGGCAUUUUGAGUUUUUGGGAGUGAAUGACUCAUCCAUGCAUUCAAACU